CAAUUUUCCAAAGGUCACCCUCCUUAUUCUUUUUUUGUUUUGCCUUCAAAAAAGAUCCCUUGUGAUGAAGGGCUCUUUGCACUACCUUUUUUCUCUUUGCUGAACUCCGGCUUAGGCUUAACGACGGCACUUUGAUCGGACGGGAUCCCGGUUGGACUCUCUCAGGUUGAUUGAUGGCUCCAGAGGAAGACAGGAGAAGGCGAAUCCUCUUCAAAGAUCGACCCGAAUGGGCAGACGUUAGGCCUGUGCGACAAGACGACGGGCCUAACCCUGUUGUCUCCAUAGUUUACAAUGAGGAGUUCUCCGAUGCAAUGGGAUAUUUUCGGGCAGUUUACCUCACCGACGAGCGAUCUACCCGAGCUCUUCAGCUCACUACAGAAGCCCUCGGACUUAAUCCCGCCAACUAUACUAUUUGGCAAUUUAGGCGUCUGGUGCUUGAGGCAUUGGGGUCUGAUUUGCACGAAGAAUUAGAGUUUGUUGAUCGUAUUGCGGGAGGCAACCCAAAAAACUAUCAAAUAUGGCAUCACAGAAGGUGGGUUGCUGAGAAGCUAGGAACUGAUGUGAUGCAUAAGGAGCUUGAGUUCACGAAGAAAGUAUUCGAUCAGGAUGCAAAAAAUUAUCAUGCAUGGUCGCAUAGGCAGUGGGUUCUUCAGACACUUGGUGGGUGGGAAGAUGAACUUUCUUAUUGUCAUCAACUACUCAAAGAUGAUGUUUACAACAAUUCAGCAUGGAAUCAGAGAUACUUUGUGGUUACAAGAUCACCUCUUCUAGUUGGAGGCCUGGUAGCAAUGAGGGAGUCAGAAGUGAGAUAUGCAGUUGAAGCCAUCAAAGGUACCCCUGACAAUGAAAGCCCAUGGAGAUAUCUCCGAGGUCUUUACAAAGGCGAUGUACAAUCACUGAUGAGGGACCCUCAGGUGACAUCAACUGUUUUGGAGGUUUUGACUUCCAAAGCCAACAACCGUGUGCACGCCUUGAGCAUGCUGUUGGAUCUUUGGUGUCACGGGUUUGAACCAAGCCCGGAACUGAUCAGUGCAGUUCAUGAUCUCUCUUCAUCACCCAACUCAUCAUGUUCAAAUCUGGGGGAAAUGAUCACUUCAAUCUUGGAAACAAUAGAUCCAAUUCGAACAAAUUAUUGGAAUUGGCGCAAAACAACUUUCCCAGCCCAAUCAAGUCACCCUCAAAAUGAGGACCGUUUGGCAGGUUUGAGUUUAUAGUAUAAAUAAAAGUACUCCAAAGCCGCCCUUCCUCUUUGCCCUGUUGUCUUCGUGGACUGUAUUAUGAAACUUAUGUGUUAUGUUGUUAAUUAAUUAAAGAAGAUAUGAUUUUUUGGUGACAUUUCUUAGUUUUGUCUACUUUUCUCAACUUGGAUCAUUUAGUACACAGUUUUAUUUUCUCAUCUCAAUGAAUUUACAUUCAAAGCGAUUAUGGCAACAACUUUUGCAGAUCUUCCUA